GAAAUUUCAGAAUUUACAUCGGUCAGACGAAUCUUCGGCGCAACAUGAUACAGAACCUAAAAGAUGCAUGUUUUGCAGGGUUAGGAUAACGAACGUGGACGUCAGCUCCGAGCAGAAAUCAUGUUUUAUGUGAUAGGAUUAGGACUGGGUGAUGCCAAGGACAUCACUGUCAAAGGGCUUGAAAUUAUUAGGAAAUGUGAUCGCGUGUAUCUGGAAUCUUAUACCUCUGUUUUGACGGUACAACAAGAAAUCUUGGAAGAGUUCUAUGGACGUUCCUUGAUUGCAGCUGACCGGGAGCUUGUAGAGAGUGGCGCGGAUGAGAUAUUGCCAAAAAAAGAGGACGAAGACGUCGCCUUUCUAGUCGUAGGAGAUCCUUUCGGAGCUACCACGCAUACAGAUCUAGUUCUGCGUGCAAAGGAAAAAAUAUACAGAAUAUGUGCCUUUCAGGUAAAAGUAAUACAUAAUUCGUCAAUAUUAACUGCAAUCGGUUGUUGUGGUUUGCAACUAUAUUCAUAUGGGGAGAUUGUUUCAAUUCCAUACUGGACUGACACUUGGCAGCCGGACAGCUUUUAUGAGAAGAUAGCUUCCAAUAGACAGAGAGGAUUACAUACACUUUGUCUUUUAGACAUCAAAGUUAAAGAACCUACUUUAGAAAGCAUCACAAAGAAGAAAAAGGAAUAUAUGCCUCCAAGAUUUAUGAACGUUAACGAGGCUGCUAGUCAACUGAUAGCGAUACUUGACAAUAAGAUUCAGAAUGGCCACAAAGAUCUCGCAUUUACGCAACAAAGUUUAGCAGUGGGCUUAGCGCGAGUGAGCUGCGAGGAUCAGCAUAUUAUUGCUUGUUCUCUACAAGAUAUGACACAUGUGGAUCUAGGACUGCCGUUACACUGCCUUGUUAUACCAGCUGAAAAGCUCCAUCCUCUAGAAUUGGAAUUUUUAAUACAAUAUGCCCUUGACAAGAAUCAAUUUCAAGAAAUGACACAACAAACAUGAUCUUUUUUAUUCAAGAAUAGAAUAAAUUCUAUUUUUUUGUACAGCUAUUUGAAAAUAAAUUAAUUGUAUUAAACUGUUAAACAUAUCACAAUUAUACAUAACACG